UCCGUAUUUAAUGAAUUAAAUUAUUAACUUUACUAUGUUUAAUAUAUUUAUUUAUUAUUAAAAACUAAUUUUAUAUAUUUAUGACUAUUAAAGUACUAUUAAAGGUAACACUAGUUUAGAGAUGAAUUAAAAUACUCGUACAUAUUUUAUACAUAACUUUUUCAUACCGUAUUUUACUAACUAUGGUUUAUAGGAUCACGAAUUCAAAAAUCCAUAAACUGACAAGAUAAGUCUUCAAACUUAACGAUUAUGUUGAUUUAGCUGGUUGGGUGAAUGCUAAAUGUUCUUUGUAUUCCUCUUUGCUUAUUGUUAUGGAUAAGCAAAAUUUCAACACGAUAAUAAAAAAAUUCUGUCCUUGUUUGUUUCUCUGUCUUCCCUAGGAAUUUCUUCUAUUCUCAAUGGGUAAUCACAGUCAGUAAUCCAAAUAAUUAAAGACUAUGUACAUCAUCAAUUGUCUUCUAGAACAUCAAGAAUAUUGCUGUAGAAGUUUAAAAGUUUGACCACAUAUACAGUCAAGGACAGUUUGAACAAGCAGAAAUUUUUUCCAUUUGCAGUUUGGUUAGUCCUUAUACUUUCUAUCUCACCCAUUUAAGUCCCCACUAUCUUUAUAUUCCCCCACCCAAAAAAGCAUCCGCGUAAUUCUGAAAUGUAUAUAAGCAUUGAAAUGAAACCACAAUCCUAACUAAUAUCUCAUCAAUUUUUCUUCAGAAUCAAACCAGCGAAAUGAGGAUGGCUCCCUUCGAAUUGAAGUCCCGAAACCUCUUCAUCUCCUCGUCCGACAACGCCACCAUCGACAUCUACUCCCUAACCACCGCCGACGACGAAAACGCCGCCAUUAGUACCGACACAUCCACCGUCACAUCCGACGACUGGAACCUCGUGGCCUCGGCGGGACCCCUGGCCAGAACCUACGAUUCCCUCAAGGUGUUCGACAAAAUGAUCAAAGGCCGGCCGCUCAGAAACCUCGCCGAGGAUCUCACGCAGUCCCACCUCUUGGUCAACAUCGAAGGCCUCUGCUUCCUCGACGUCACCACCUACAUCAACCCAAUCCUCGGCUUCCACUACUUCCGCCUCCAGGAUCUAUUCCUCUGGUCCCGCCACGUGGGAGGGGAAAACGUUACAACAACCACCGUGUGGAACCCACGCGACACCGUCUAUGGCAACGUGGCGGUCGACUACGCCGGUCGGAUCGCUGACAAGGAUGCCGAGCUGGAAAGUUUAACCCGCCACGUGGACGAUGCGGAGGUCCAGCUCGUGGUCACGAGGGGCGAGCUCGAUUACUACCGGAAGCACUACUGGGGAGCGGCUCAGCCGUCCCAGCUCGCCGUCGCCGACGUCGGAGCCAUUGAGAGGAGGCGCCGGACGCUGCCGCCGGCGACUUUUGCCCGGGGCGGGGAUAGCGGGAAGCUGCGGGUUCCGUCGUUGGACGGGAAGGCGGUGGAUGAUUUUGUGGUGAUUGACGACGGCGGCGACGAUGUGGGGCCGGCGCCGGAGUUUAAGGUGGGAUGGGAGGCGGCGAAGGGAGGGAAGUUCGACACGUGCGACUGGUGGUACGUGCGGACGAGCGAUCCGGACGGUGGGUCAACGAUGGUGGCGUACUACGACGGCGGGUUUGACCACGUGGAGUUUUAUAAUGGGAAGACGGGGAGGAAAGAGCGGGUUCCGGUGCCUUGUGCGGUGGACGGCAGCUUUAGAGCCACCAGGCAUCUCAGGCUGGCUACGUUGUCGUCGUUGCAGUUGAGGGUUGUGUUCACUUACAUCCCCCCUAUCCCAGUAUUUGAGAAAUAAAUAUUAGUCCGUUGUAUUUGUAUGACCAUAUUAGUCCGUUGUAUCAAUUAGAUUGUAGACUAGAUAGUAACAAAAAGUCAAAAACGUUACAACUUCUAUUGAUUUUUUCUAUUGAUUUUUUACUUUGAUAUUCAUAUUAGGACUGCAAUCGAGCAAAAUCGAUUCGAUUUUUUACUUGAUUUGAACUCAAUACGUUUAUUAAUUGUCAACAAUAAUGUCGAAUCAAGUUAUGACAGGUUGGAUUGGGUCGGAUGAACAUAAUGAAAAUGGUUCAACUCGACUUUCAUUCUGCUAGACACAAUAAAUAAUACUUACAGAGAGAGCUUAUCAAGUCGAGCACAAGCUUGCAUUUAAUUUGGUGAGCUCGGCUUGAAAUAUUUUAUUCGUGGAAGAAAAUAAUAAUAUCAUAAUCUUAGGACAAUUUCAACCAUAUGCAUAUUUUAUUAAAUGAAUUCGAGAUUUGAGCUCUCCGAGUCAAACCAUUCAAAAAUUACGACUAGUUGAGAAUGACAAAGCUGAAACUUGAUUUUUUUUACAAACAAACUAGUUAAAGAAUCGUCUCAUUUGGAAACGAGCCGAAUGUAGAGGGAGGUAUUUUCUAUUUGAACUCCAAAUCACGACCUUAGAGUUAGAAGUUGGAAGCAAGUAUGACUACGAGUUUGGGAUUGGGCCGUAAGCACGAUGUCGGGUAUGGGCCUUUGGGGCAUUUACAUGGUUCCCCCAUGGCUUUGAAUAUUGGAUCCUUCCAUGGGCUCUUCGUUAAACAUCCAAGAGCUCGAUCAUCAAAUGGCUUUGAUUAGCCAUUUUUGAGAUGUGUGUCACCAACUUUGAUGAGAGGCAUUGGGAGAAGCGGCCAGCUGGUUACUACUUAAUUAGAUGUUCACGCACCCUCUCAACACAGCAUCAACAUGUACAGCUGAGAUCACAUUAUAGUAUUUACUUUAAUUAGAUGGCCCGCAGUCAACAAAAGGAAGGAAUCUAGCAAGUUGACCGCCAAGACUAGACUGGUGGUGCUCCAAGAUUUUCAUGUGCGAUAUAUUAAUUGGACGAAGCAGUGGGCGGCGUUGACAUGGUGUGAACUUCUGAGAAGUCAAACCACCGCGGCUGCCUAUCCAUCCUAUUCCUAUUCCUAGCAUAUGAACACCCCACAAACAAAGCAGCCAAAAGUGGCGGAUUGACUGCCCUGCCACGCACGCUAUAGCCUCCUCGUUCCCGUAGCUAAGAAUAUAGUAAUUGGCUUGGCUGUACCUUCCCCAGAUGAUCAUGAGUUGAUAAGUUGAUUGCUUAUUAGGGUUUUGCAGGUUAGCUUCCUGGAAGCUCUCAUCAUCACUUCACUACAAUAAACAGACGUUGCAGGGGUCUUUUCACUUGUGAUUGUCAGGUUUAUACAUGUUAGCUACUUGUAAGCAAGUAAGUUGCAGCCGCAGGUUUAUGAAAUUAAUGAAAAGAGAAGACAUACAUGAAUUAUGUGACUCGAUUACUGAUGAAUAUUACAUUUUGAGGACUCACUCAAACAAAAUUCAGCUCACACAAUAUAUCAUUAACUAAAAAUCAACACUUAUAAUAUUGGAGGCUCUUAGAACAUGCAUGAGGCCGGUCUAGUAUUUCUUUGUGAAGAACCAAUUAGUUUUUAAUAAUAACUAGAGUUGUUGGGGAAGAUAAAAAAAAAUGGCCUCUAUGCCAAUCUAUUACAAUUAUUUCAUAGUUUUCUUUGAGACAGUUAUAAACACUUACCGGGUCAAGCAAAAUUGUUAUAUGUGGUUCCAAAAUAUUUGUUUUGUGUACCCAUAUUAUUAAGAUUAAAUUGGUAGUAUUGAC